AAUCUGUGGUCAUAACCUAUCUAAUCCUAAAUUUAUAAAUAUAUACGAGGGGGUAUUGAAUGUAAUUAUUUAAUGAAAAUAUUAACUCUAGUCUCUACUACUUACUUAAAAUGUGGGGUCUACGUUCUUUGUUAAAUAAAACUUGUGUUGUAGAGCAAACAAAUGCCGUGUUAAGUCAACAAACUAGAAAUACCUUUAUAUUGAAAAGAAAAUGGCCUGUUCCCCUACACAAGAAAAGCGGGAAAGUUCCAAAAAUGAAGAAUCGACAUUUCAUUUACGAAUUAAUUGAAGACACGAAUAUUUCAAAAAAGCCAGACCUGCAGAUAAUUUUAACCAAAUUCGUUGACGGUGCUGGCAAUGUUGGUGAUGUUCUAAAACUGCGUCCAAAUGUUGCCUACAAUGAAUUUCUGCUACCAGGCCUGGCAGUUUAUGCUACACCUGAAAACUUACAAAAGUUCAAAGCUGAUGAAAAUAAAUCAAAAGAUACAUUAGAAUUUAGUUCCCCAUAUGUCCAGAGGACUAUGAGUGUUCUCUCUCGUUUAGUAUUACAAAUUACUAUGAGCAAAACCACACCAUGGAAACUUGAGCCUUGGCAUGUUAAAACAUCUUUUCGAAAAGCUGGAUUUAUUGUACCAGAGCAUACUAUUAAAAUGCCACCCAUAGAAAUUAAUGGACCAGACUUGUCUUUACAGGAAAAAGAAUUUUUUGUAACUAUUAAAAUAAAUAACAAAGAAGAAGUAAAUGUUAGAUGUCGCAUACACCACUGGGCAACUGGCUUAGAAAGAUUGCCAUGGGAAGAGUUUCAUUGGAAAAAGCCUUUAGAAGCUCUAAUUCCAGAGCAAGCAGCAAUAUUAGAAAAAAUGCCUUUACCAGAAUGAUAACCAUUAUAUAUAAAAGUGGAAGUAGAGAGAUUGUAGGUAUAUUAUGGUUAAAAUAAACAAAUUUGUUAAAUUACCAUAUCUUUCCAUCCUUUCAAGCAUUUCGUAAUAGUGUAGCAAAGUGUAGUUGAGAUAAAAUCUUAAAAAAAUACACAAACAUUUUUUAAACAUUUUUAUUAGCUUCACUUGUAUGUUUGUAACAACUGGACUAAUUUUAUAACAUAUGCAUCUUGGUUAUAUUUUCAUAAUUUGUAUCACAAAACAAUGAUUUAAUUAUCAGAAUGAUGAAUUAGUGUAAUAGUGUAUUAAUUACGUUAAAUGAAGCAAUUUCUUGAUUAUCAAAACAAUAAUAAUUUCUAGAUAAUUUUAUUGUAUUGAUUUCAAUUGAUACAAUAUUUUUGAAUGGUAAAAAGUGGUUUUUCAGAAUUCUUUUCUUCUCAUUCACAUUAGACAACUGCUUCUGUGUCGCUGUUUUAUAUGAAAUAAAUAAAAUAGUAUUCC